AGUAGAAUGAUAUGUUUAAAACUAUAACAAACUUUGAGCAGAGAUGAGGCGACUGAAUGUGGCAAAUAGAAAGCAGGCCAUUAAGGUGGUGACGGAACUCGAUGCAUUUCCCAAAGUCCUGGAUGAUUGCCAGGAGAAGACUGCUUCAGGAGGGGGAAUAUCAAUUGCUGUUUUUGUGUGUAUAUUUAUUCUGGUUGUGUCAGAGAUAAUAUAUUACUCCACAACAGAUCUGAAAUUUGAAUAUGAAGUUGACACUGGGCUUGAUGGAAAGUUGAAGCUCAACAUAGACAUGACAGUUGCAAUGAGAUGUAAUGCAAUUGGAGCAGAUGUCCUGGAUGUAACGGGACAGGACACACAUGGUUUUGGAGAGCUGAAAUAUGAGGAUGCUUAUUUUGAACUUAGUCCAAACCAGAGACAUUACCAUGAGACAGUUCAGGAGAUCAGUGAGUUUCUGAGAUCUGAGUAUCAUGCUCUCCAGGAUGUCAUGUGGAUGUCAAGGGGCUUAAUUGCAACAUAUAAAACUGGGAUGCCAAAAAGGGAGACUCCAGCUGAGGGGGAUCCUGAUGCCUGUCGAGUCUAUGGGUCUCUGGAGGUUAACAAAGUGGCUGGGAAUUUCCACAUCACAGCAGGAAAAUCAGUUCCAGUUUUUCCAAGAGGUCAUGCUCAUAUUUCAAUGAUGGUUCAUGAAAAAGACUAUAAUUUUUCCCAUAGAAUUGACCACUUCUCCUUCGGGGAUACCGUAAAAGGCAUCAUAAAUCCACUGGAUGGAGAGGAGCAGAUAUCAACAGACAACUUCCAUGUUUUUAACUACUAUAUAAAAAUUGUACCAACUGAGGUCAGGACCUACGCAGCAGGAAACAUUGACACAUUCCAGUUCUCUGUCACACAGAGGAACAGAACAAUUAAUCAUAGUAAAGGGAGUCAUGGUGUGCCAGGAAUAUUUGUGAAAUAUGACCUUAAUGCACUGAAAAUCCGUGUGAAAGAAACACAUAGACCUUUUAGUCAGUUCCUGAUUCGGCUGUGCGGCAUUGUGGGAGGAAUUUUUGCUGUCUCAGGAAUGAUACACAAUUGGACAGAAUUCUUUGUGGAGGUUGUGUGCUGCAAAUACAAACUUGGAAAAUAUAAAACAAAAGACAUUAUCAUAAAUGACAGUACAGAUACAACACCCGUAUCACUGACAGAAAACACGGCCAGCAGUCUACCUAAUGUCAAUUUAUUCUCAUCACCAAGCAGCUGACACAAGAUGAACCACAACAAGAUCUGAACGUGGAUGAUGUCCCUUAGAAAAGUUAAGAUUUUUGUGCAGUUUGAAUAUGCAAUACUUGUUUACAUCUAUUUCUUGUGUAUUUAUUGUUAAUGCAUGGAAAUGUAUUUCAUUGUUGGAAUUAUUUGGUGAUAUCUAUAUUCAUUUUGAGCUGAUGUUUUGAAUUAAGGAGUGACUAAAGGUUUAAUCUCCACAAAUUCAACCAUUGAAGGCAUUUCUGGAUGUAAAAGUUGCUACAAAUAAAAUACUUUAAGAGUUUGUUCAUGAUUUUAUGAUGCAAAUGUUGGGAUUUUGUUCAUUCUGGUAUAUGUAUUUC